UAAAUGUCAGCCGGCUGGGACGGCCGAGUUCAUUUACCUCCCCAUUAGUCAAAGUAAAGCCUUCUAAAACAGGCAGCGUCUGAGCGCUGUGAAGCAAGCAUGAACAGUGGGCUCAGUGUGUUUGUCCUGUUUUCCCUCCUUGGUGGCUCGCUGAGUGUGGAAAUGACUGGCUUAUAUGGCAGCUUUGCCUCCCCUGAAUUCCCCCAGCCGUACCCUGACAACCAGUACACGGUGUGGAACAUAAGCGCCCCGCAGGGCCACCGGAUCAAGCUCUACUUCACCCACUUCAGCUUGGAGCCGUCCAAUCGGUGCGAAUACGACCACGUCCAGGUUUUGGUGGAAGGGAAUGAAACCCUGCGCUUCUGCGGCGAGGAGGAAAAGAACCACGGAAGCACCCCCAGGAACACCGCCAUCAUGUCAGCCGGGAACGUCAUGUCAGUGGUCUUUAGGAGUGACUACUCUAACGAAGGCCGAUUCACCGGCUUCCAAGCGUUUUACACAUCAGAAGAUAUCAACGAGUGCCUAUCCAAGGUCGAUGGCGAGCGAGUCUGUGACCAUUUCUGCCACAAUUACAUCGGCGGCUAUUACUGCACGUGUAAGCAGGGACACCUUCUCCAUGACAACAAGAGAUCCUGCACAGUACCCUGCAAACGGCAGGUGUUGACGUCAGCAUCUGGAGUUUUGACCAGUCCUAAUUACCCGAACCCCUACCCGCCCAUGAGCCGGUGCGACCACUCCAUCAGUCUGCCAGAGGGCUCCAGGAUCCUCCUGGACUUCUUGGAACCUUUUGAUAUAGAGGGACACCCUGACGUCCCCUGUCCGUACGACAUGUUAAAGAUUUCAACAACUGGACAAGAGUACGGACCGUUCUGUGGCUCAACGCCACCGGACUCCAUCGAUACAGGAAGUUACCAAGUGCAUGUGGCGUUCAGGUCUGACUCUAGUGGGAAAAACAAGGGUUGGAAGAUAAAAUACACCAGCACCAAAGCUGAAUCUCUUACAUAACAUUGAAACUGAAGGUUUAUUGCCCAGAAAAAAUGUUUUGUUCUCCAAGGUUUUAUUGUUUUAAUUAUGUUUGGGAUCUGAAAAUAUUAAGUGUGUCAUGAAUUUGUAUUUCAAUCCUGAUUAAUCAGAUAGUCUUGGGGAAAAAAAUGAAAUCAAAAGAGACUUUAUGAAUAAAGUCUC